GCCGCCACACCACACAACACAACGCACCAACUUCGGCGUCUCUUACUUUACUUGCUUCAUUCAUUUGGCUUUCUUUUUAGAACAAACAACAACAUCGUCAAUCUCAAUAUUCUUUUUUUCUUGUAUUUAUUUAUAAAAACCGUUACUCUCUCUUCUCAUCUUGCAAAUUACAACUUCAUUUUACGUUUUCUUUCUAUAAAUCCCCUCUUAUGCCAUUUUUCUAGGUCACUUUUUCCACUGGGGAAACCCGAGCACUGGUCCUAUACCGUGCUGCCUUGCCAACCACCAUAAAUGGGCUGUUUUAACUCUAAGCCAACAAGACAGUUUCCUGGGAAGGAGGAUCCAGUGAUUCUUGCAUCACAGACGGCUUUCACUGUCAGUGAGGUCGAAGCAUUAUUCGAGCUGUUUAAGAGCAUCAGCAGUUCUGUUGUUGAUGAUGGACUAAUAAGCAAGGAAGAAUUUCAAUUGGCAAUCUUCAAGAAUAAGAAAAAAGAAAACAUCUUUGCAAAUCGGAUCUUUGAUCUAUUUGAUGUCAAAAGGAAGGGGGUUAUUGAUUUUGAUGACUUUGUUAGAUCUCUCAAUGUUUUCCACCCAAACGCACCACUAGAAGACAAGAUAGAUUUCUCAUUUAGGCUCUAUGAUUUGCACAACACUGGCUUUAUAGAGCGUCAAGAGGUCAAGCAAAUGUUAAUUGCACUUCUUUUCGAGUCUGAAAUGAAGUUGGCUGAUGAUGUGAUAGAAACAAUUAUAGACAAGACUUUCUUGGAUGCUGACACGAACCAAGAUGGAAAAAUAGACAUUGUCGAAUGGCAGAAGUUUGUUUCUGAAAAUCCAUCACUGCUCAAAAUCAUGACCCUACCCUACCUAAGGGACAUAACGACUUCUUUCCCAAGUUUUGUAUUUAAUUCUAACGUGGAUGAAAUUGUCGCUUGAACCACAUAAUUUUAGGUGUGGCAAUUAUUAAGAAACACAACUUUAGGGCUUGCAAUUAUUUUGAGAAUUGGAUGCCAUGCUUGUUAUAGUUAGCCUUUCUCAGUGAGUUGUAAUUUGUAAAUCACAUUCUCAUUGAUUGAAACUUUUUCAUUCAGGUUUUCAAGUUGAUGUGUUUUCUAGAUUA